AUGUCUACCCGCAAGCGCAAGCAGGACGCCCAGGAGCCCGAGGAGCUCGUUGAGCUCCCCGAGGACGACGACGAGGAGGAAGAGGAGUAAGUACUGGCUCCCUUUUGACGUCACUUUCUCAGGAGGUCGUUCAAUGCGUGGUCGCGCGUGCUCGAUUCUGUCGCGCGCGCUGUCGCAGGCCGACAGAGAUGCGAUGCGCAACGCUUCGUUGGCAUUGGAACUCGUCGUCUCGAUUGCGACGUGGAGUGACGGGCGCAUUGCGGUUGCUGACGAUGCUGUCCAGGUACGAGGAAGACGAGUACGAUGAAGAAGACGCCGAGGAGGACGAUGAUGACGCCGAGGAAGAAGACGACAAGAAAGCCCCUCAGGAUGACGCUCCGCGUAAGUUGUCCUGCCCAAUGGACGCGAUCGCGCUAUCGCAGACACUGACAUGUCUCGCAGCUCCUAAGAAAGCACGAAGAACCAAAGAGCCCGCCGAGGAGGAGGAGGAGGAGGAGGAGGAGGAGGAAGCUCCUUUUGACGAAGAGGACGGCGCUGCUCCGGAAGACGAGGAUGAGGACGACGAUGGCAAGGACGCUCCCGAGGACGAUGAGGAGGCCGAAGACACUGCCAAGACUGGCAGCGCUGCCGCUGCUGCGAAGCACGCCAAAGGAAAGGACGUCCCGCAGGAGGACGAUCUCGAGGAGGUUGAUGAGGUCGUCGAGGCGGACGAGAAGGGCGAGUAG